AUGAAGGCCCGCUAUUUCUCCCCCCUCCUCCUCGCUGGCGCGGCUGUCGCCGUCGUUACGCUCCCGAGCCACCGCACGACCUCGUUGCCCAAUAACGCCAUCCCGAACAAGUUCAUCUUCGAGGUCGCGUCCGUCUCCGAGAUACCCCGCGACCUCCAGGGGCGUUCUCCGCAUGAGGCCGUUUACGACAGCCUACGCAAGCGUGGCGUCGGUUUCACCGUCGACAGGGAGUUCAACCACGAGGGUCUCUUCGUCGGGGCUAGUGUCACUCUGGAUAACGCCGAUGAUGUGAAAACCCUGGUCAGCGACCCGAAGAUUCAGGCGCUCCGUCCUGUCAUCUCCAUCCCCUCUCCGAAGGAUCAGCUGAAGAAGCUUGAAAUCGUCAAGUCCCGUUCAGAUCCCCAUGUUCCGGCGGACACGGAGUCCACCCAUAUUCUCACCGGCGUCGACAAGCUUCACGCAAAAGGUGUCCUCGGCAAGGGAAUCAAGAUUGGCAUCAUUGAUACAGGAACCGACUAUACGCACCCGAGCCUUGGUGGAGGCUUUGGCCCUGGGUUCAAAGUUGCUGGUGGCUUCGACUUCGUUGGCGACGCUUACGAUGGCAGCAACACUCCCGUGCCGGACAAUGAUCCCCUGGAUCAGUGCAAUGGGCACGGAACCCACGUCGCCGGUAUCAUCGGCGCCAACCCUGGCAACGAGUUCAACAUCUCCGGUGUUGCAUACGAAUCGACCAUCUUCUCGUACAGGCUUUUCGGCUGCUCGGGAUCCGUCUCUGAUGACAUCAUCGUCGAGGCCCUUCUCCGCGGUGUCUCUGAUGGCAUGAACAUCCUGACCAUGUCCCUCGGCGGCGCCGACGGCUGGACAGAAUCCUCCUCCUCUGUCGUCUCUUCUCGCAUCUCUGCAACCGGCCGUAUUGUCACCAUCGCCGCUGGCAAUGACGGCGCGUUCGGCUCCUGGUACUCCUCAUCCCCCGGCAACGGCAUCAACUCCCUCUCUGUCGCGUCCAUCGAAAACACUGUCAUUCCUUUGCAGAACGCCACCGUCUCCGGAGACGUCACCCACGACCCGAUAACCUACUUCGCCACGUUCCCUCUCCCUAUCAAUGAUACCCGUCCCGUCUACGCGACGAGCAACGACACCACCGUGGUGGACGACGCUUGCGACCCGCUACCCGACAGCACUCCGGAUCUCUCCAAGUUCAUCGUCGUAAUCCGUCGUGGAACGUGCACGUUCGUCCAGAAGCUCCAGAACGCAGCCGACAAGGGUAUGACCGCCGCCCUCAUCUACGACAACGGCAACGGCUUUGCCGCUAUCACCGUUGACAACUUCACCGCUACCCUGAUCCAGGCUGACGACGGUGCUUUCCUCGUCGAACAAUUCGCUGCUGGCAAGGAAGUGCUCCUCACCUUCCCGCAGUCGGGAGCGGAUACCCAGUUCCCGUCUGACGUCGGAGGCUUGGUAUCGACGUUCACCUCGUACGGUCCUACCAACGAUAUGUUCUUCAAGCCGGCGAUUGCCGCGCCCGGCGGCAACAUCAUCUCGACCUUCCCUGUUCCCCUUGGCUCGUUCGCAGUGCUCUCCGGUACCAGUAUGGCCACUCCGUUCAUGGCCGGUGUCUCCGCACUCCUCUUCGGCGUGAAGGGAACCUCCCCCGCCGUUGGUAUCGCUGCACGGGACCUUUUCCAGACUACAGCGCAGAAGGUUCCUUCUAGCAAGACGGACGGGGACCCACUCCAGACCCUCACCCAACAGGGUGCCGGCCUAGUUGACGCCUUCCAUGCGCUCAACACCCACAUCAUCGUCUCCCCCGGCCAAUUCGUCCUCAACGACACCGCCAACUUCAAGCCUCUCCAGACCUUCACUGUCAAGAACACGGGUCGGACUAGCAAAUCCUUCAAGCUCUCGCACGUCCCGGCUGGCACAGCCACGACCGUCACGGCCGGCGACAUUUUCGCCGCGGACGGACCGGUUCCGCUCACGACGCAGUACGCGUCCGUCAAGUUCAGCGAGUCCUCCUUCACUGUCCGCCCGGGUCAGACUCAGAAGCUCACCGCACACUUCACUGCUCCUAAGGGAGUCGACGCGACGACGUUCCCCGUGUUCUCCGGCUGGAUCCAGCUCACGAGCGCGGACGAGCAGCUUCAGGUAGCUUAUAUGGGUCUCGCCGCCUCCCUCAAGGACAAGCAGAUCGUAGACAACACGGACGAGUUCUUCGGCCUACAGCUCCCUGCCAUCCUCGACACCGCGGGUGAUGUCCAGGUUGCACCCACGAAUUACACGUUCAACGGCACUGACGCGCCGACCCUGCUCUUCCGCUUGGCCUUCGGUACGCCCUUGAUCCUUGUCGAUCUCGUUCCGUCCAACGCGAAGAUCUCUACGACACUGAACCGCCGGGAGGAGCUCGAUCUCCUCCCGAGGAAGUCUUCUUCGUCGAUCAAGACGCUCGGCAACGUGUUCGAAUUCGACUACAGCCCAAGGAACUCCGACGCUUCCGAUGCCGCGGACAACGGCUGGAGCGAGAUCACGCUGACCAACACCUUCGCCAACGGCACGACCAUCCCCAACGGCUCCUACAAGCUACUUUUCCGCGCUCUCAAGGUUACCGGAAGCCCCAAGAAUGAGGCGGACUUUGAGUCGUGGCUGUCGCCAGUCAUCGGUGUCGCCGCAUAAUGCUGACAACCCGUUGUAAAAACCGAUGUAUACCAUCUGUAAACCCAGAUAUAUAUUGAUACUGCACC